GGAGGAAAAGAAAAUAUGGCACACACGGUAUACAGAUUCAUGAGUAAUUUUUUCUGGUGAGAAAGAAAAAUACUGUUACUACUUCUCUUUGUCCUCCUCUUCCUCGCAACCCCAACAAAUCGCCCAUUCACACGCGUGCUUUGAUAUAUGAACACAUAUAUUUGUAUACACAAGCAUAAAUAUUGAUGGGUCAUCAGCAUAACAGUCACCAUCACCACCACGCCACCGCCACCGACGGUGGCGUGUCUCAACAUGUCAACAGUCCAAGAUUCUCCGGGCCAAUGACCCGCCGAGCCCACUCCUUCAAGCGCAACAACAACAACUCUUCACAAAACACUCAUAAUACUAGUAGCAGUACCAAUAACGGUGGUUCUUUAAACAGUCAUCAUGAGAUCAUUGAUCUUCACCUUAACUCACCCAGAUCUGAAAGCCCAGUUUCUGGGAAUGGCCCUGAGUCUAUGGGUGAAAGGAGGCCUGCCUAUGUGAGCAGUGUGGCCCAAAGAGUGCAUUUGAGGAGAAAGAUUGCAUCUUUGGGUGUGGACUUGGGGGAAUUGGGGUUGGAGUUUAAGGGAAAGAAAAAGUUGAGGCACUGGAUGUUCUUGUUGUUUUGUGGGGUGUGUUUGUUUUGGGGUGUAUUGAAGAUUUGUGCUACUGGGUGGUUUGGAUCUGCUAUCGAUGGAGUUGGAAACAAUCAGGGUUUGUAUGGCUCCUCAGUAUCCCAUCUAAUUUUAAAGGAUCAAGGGUCUCGUGAUUACGGAUAUAGAGAGGGAGAAACUGAUGAAGGGGGCAGAGAAAGUGAGUUGGAAAGGACACUAGUGAUGGUUGCCUCAGGUGUGGUGGAUAGCCACGAUAGUUUGGCACAUUAUUCUGAGAUCUGGUCCAGGCCUAAUAGUGAGAAUUUCUCUCAGUGCAUCGAUCGGCCAAAAAGUCAUAAAAAGCUGGACAUGAAAACAAAUGGUUUUCUUCUCAUAAACGCAAAUGGUGGCUUAAAUCAGAUGAGAUUUGGGAUCUGUGAUAUGGUUGCUGUUGCUAAAGUUAUGAAGGCGACACUUGUUCUUCCAUCUCUUGAUCAUGCUUCAUAUUGGGCUGAUGAUAGUGGCUUUAAAGAUCUGUUUGAUUGGAAACACUUCAUUGAGUCACUAAAAGAUGACAUUCACGUCGUUGAUGCUUUACCUCCGGAAUAUGCCGGAGUUGAACCCUUCGCAAAGACACCAAUAUCUUGGUCCAAGGUCAGUUACUACAAAACAGAGAUCCUUCCACUUUUGAAGCAGCAUAAAGUGAUUUACUUUACUCAUACUGAUUCCCGGCUUGCAAACAAUGGUCUUCCAAGUUCUAUACAGAAGUUACGAUGCCAUGUUAACUACAGAGCAUUAAAGUACUCUGCCUCAAUUGAGAAACUUGGAGAAACUUUAGUGUCGAGAAUGCAGCAGAAUGGGAAUCCUUAUCUUUCCCUGCACUUGAGGUAUGAGAAGGAUAUGCUUGCUUUUACUGGAUGCAGUCAUAAUUUGACAACAGAAGAAGAUGAUGAACUCCGCACAAUGCGCUACGAAGUCGGCCAUUGGAAGGAAAAAGAGAUCGAUGGAGUAGAAAGAAGAAAGCUUGGUGGGUGCCCUUUGACCCCUAGAGAGACUUCCCUCUUGCUCAAAGCCCUGGGUUUCCCAUCCAGCACUAGAAUAUACUUGGUAGCUGGUGAAGCUUUUGGAAAUGAUAGCAUGCAAUAUCUCACGGAGAGUUUCCCAAAUAUCUUUUCCCACUCGACUCUUUCAACAAGGGAAGAAUUAGAUCCUUUCAGGAAUCACCAAAAUAUGUUGGCUGGUUUGGAUUAUGUUGUCGCCCUUCAGAGUGAUGUUUUUGUGUACACCUAUGAUGGCAAUAUGGCUAAGGCAGUACAAGGUCAUAGGCGUUUUGAGAAUUUCAAGAAAACUAUCAAUCCAGACAGGAUGAAUUUUGUAAAACUAGUUGAUAAACUUGACGAAGGAAAAAUCACAUGGAAGAAAUUUAGCUCUAAAGUCAAAAAGCUCCACGACGACCGUGUUGGAGGCCCUUAUAUGAGGGAGCCAGGCGAGUUCCCAAAGCUGGAAGAGAGUUUUUAUGCAAAUCCUCUCCCGGGCUGUAUUUGUGAGAAAACCCAGGAAAAAUAGAAGUUCAAAUUAAUGAAAUUUUACUUACAAAAGAUGGCCAUGACUUAGUUGACACCCAAAGAGUAGAUGUCUUGCUUCUAGCAGAGAUGAGCGGCUCAAUGGCAGAUUGCAUAGUACCAUGCCAGUAUUGUGAAGAAAUUUACUGCCCCAGCCCUUAUCAUCAAGUUAUAUACAUGUCCUGCAGAUCUGUGAAGUAUAUACAUAAAUAUAAAAUCUUGAAGGUGACGGAUAAAACAGAAAGUUAAAUUGGAUUUUGUUUGGAGAUUCUCCAUUGGUAUUAAUGUUUCAUUACCUGGAUGAAAUUACAUUAUUUUUGCUUCAAUAUUCAAAUUCGCAGCAUUAGUUAUCAACAUUAUCCAAUGUUAUGUAGCUGCUAGACUCUUGUGAACCUUUCAAUUGUUGAAAGUGAUGCAAAUUGAUUUUAUACUAUGUUAUUAUCAGUUCUCAAAUCCCAGUACAUUUUCUUAAACUAUAAUUUCAUGAAGUGAGGAUAUUUGUUCC